CGUGUGUCUGGGGGAGUGGGUGGUUUACGCGUGGAGGAUUUUAGUGGUAUAAGGUGCACCGAUUUGAUCGUGAAGUGUUUUGGUGGCGAAUCGAUUGUGUUAUAGUGGUAAAUUUGAAUAAAACCGUAUAAAAAUGUCCAAGCCAUGUGCAAUUCAAAAACAAAUCGAGAGCUCCAACGAGAUAAUAGCGGACCUACGCGAACGGAUACGAAAGAUGGAACGGCGACUUCAAGAUCCUCAGAUGCCGGAGGAGCGCCGCAAAGAGGUGGAAACCGAAUUAACGGAAAUUAAGAAAAUGCUGGAAACGAACGAAGAAAUGCUACAAAAGCUACACCGUGAAAAUUCCAAGUCGUUUGCCGUGGCGGCUUGUUUGUUUUUCGCCUGUUUUCUAAUUUAUGGGGUUUAUGUGCUGAUUGUAGGAACUUAGCAUGUACUGAACUACA